CGAAGAGGUAAAAAAAAAAGACACGCGCAGUUUUGGAGGAAGCUGACCAUUCGCCUGAGGAUUACUACCGCAGGACUACUCUUUUCAAGAACUCACUUCCGGUGUAAGAUUUAAAAAUAAUUGAAGUCAGGAGCAAGAAAUAUCAAUAUUCGAUUUGCCGUUUUGCAAUUUUGAUAUUGAUUCAUUUUCGAGAUCGUCAUUUCUUUGAAGUUGAAGUUCUUCUUGGGAAAAUGCAGGCACGAAAUUCAUGGAGACAUGACGGAAAUAGAGUGCGACGUCGGGAGGACGAACAGGAACAGCGCAACCACCGCAGUCGCCACCACGGAGAUCGCAACAAUCAGCGCAAUCACCGCAACAACGACGAGGAUGGUUUCUACUUAAGGCUACAAGAAAUAAAUCAUCGCGGGUAUCUUUGUCCCGUUUUUAAAGGGAAAAGAGGGCCCAAGAUGCUGCUGAGAAGUAUGCAUUCCUCUCCGUUCUAAUCUACCGGAAAGUCUCGAUGAAAGCUGUCAAUUGGUUACGCUACAAGAUGCGCGAAGAGCACCCAGGGAACAAGUCCAACUGGGUUCCAUGGAAAGCGAUCCCAGGUGAAAACUAUAGAAACUAGUACUAAGCUUUUUGUUGCAUGAUAUGAAGGCACUGCGGACCCCUACACGCAGGAAACACUGCCUCACCUCCUAGAGCAGUAGUCGGCUGGGUUAGGAGUUAUUGUUUGCUUGUAGUCUAGGCUAAGUAGACAGGUCGUCGCCUUUGCUACUGAUCUUACCUACCCGAGAUUCUUGAGAUAUCAUUCAUAGUCAUAAAACGUAGUAGUCCUUCUUCACAAAACAUCAUCUUACUAUACCAUUUAGCGUAUUGGUUCAUUAGUUGACGAGCCGUCUUCAUAUUCUUACGGCCCAUAACAUUACAUCCUAGGCGCGGGAAAGAUGUUUACGGAGUAUCAGCUUCAGAAGGCGGCAGAGAUGGAUCCCACUCAUCUCGAAAAGUGGUGGCAAACCAAUAUGUUAGGGCUUGACACGAUUCGUUUCCUAUUCCAGCGGUCCUUUUCUUCUUCUUGGGAUUCUUAAGAACUGAAAAAAGAUUCUGAAAAAAGAUUCUGAAAAAAGGAUCUGAAUUGUUUGAGCUCUAAAAAUGUUAUACGUUCGCUCAACCCGAAAGAAUAAAAUCGAGAGCGAAGGAAACGAUACAAACUUCUGGAACAACAUUGACCUUUAUGGAGAAGAACCCUGCUACUAUUUCCCUCUAAAUACUACUCACUUUGUAACUUGUACCUAAAGUGAACUGUUACCGGAGCAGGCUAGAUGCCUGCAUAAUGAAGAUACACUUGGGUGACUUCAGAGUUGCGUGAGUGUAUCCUUAAGGUUUAAACGAGUGACCUGUACUCCUAUUAGGUGAAAGUUGUCUUCUAGAUUCUAUCAAUCUUGGAAAGAACGUUCAUUAUUUGGAUGCUUUAUACGCAAAGAAUACAAACGCAGACAGUGAGCAGCAAGCUAAUGGACCCAGGCGGCUCGACGACAACAUGGACACUGACGUACUUGAUGCUUCUUCUGCUUUGCUAAUAACAACAAAAGUGUACAGCACUAGGAGAACUAGAAUUGAAAAGUAGAUGAAUAUUCCGAUGACAAAAGUCAUUCCCGUCGCGUGUGGUACAAUGCAUAUGUCUACACGUCGUUAAUCACGUAGUUACAGCAUCAUUUCCAAUCUCGAAAAUAUCAGAUGACAUCCGGUUCGCAGACGAAGAGCCGAGACCAAAAGCUGGAUUCUCCACUCGAAGAACUGAUGGGAGGACGUGGGCGCUAUCAUUCGGAAUAGAAGAGUAGAAGACCGAAAUGGCGCAUAUCGGAGGAAGCCAAAAACAGAAGUUCAUAAUGUUCUUGACAUGAUUCUUUCUCGUGUGAUCUUCACAUAUUUAUAAUGGUGGUGGCGUUUUUUUGUUGAGAUUUAGUUUUGAUUAUGUUCUUUCGUUUUGCCGCCAAUCAUUCAAGAACGAACGAUCAUAAUUUGUUGAAACGCAUUGACUGAUGAUAAUUCGAAUCCUCCGCUUCCUAACUCUACGCAUUUCUUAAGGCAAUACGAAUAUGAUUGUGUUUGUGAGCUAACGACAAUUAGAAGGACAUUUCUUUGCGCGUCCUCGCAUUCCCUAAACGCGAGUCGAAAAAUCGAUCUCUACCCCGACCAAGUCCAAGUGCACCCCGAUUAAGUCCACUAGAAUUUUUGAGAAAGAAACGUCGACCACAUAGAAGCUGCGUCAAAAAUUAUUCGCAUUCGCUGCUGGAUCAUUAGGAUUACACGCAAGAGCAAGGACCAACACCACGCUGAUAUAUUUUCGACGAAAAGUUCUUCUCCUUUAUAUCCUCUCUGUGAAAC